AUGAGUGAGACGGCGCGUCCCCGCACAGCGCCGGCGUGGAAGACGCUGGGCGUCGGCGGCGCUGCUGGACUCACAUCCUGUGUGCUCCUGCAGCCCAUGGAUCUCCUAAAGACCCGCAUGCAACAGGAACGCCUGCCAACUGCCACAACUGCCACGGCCACGCAGCGGCUCGUGCGCGCCUUCCAGUCAGUUGUGCACGAUAACGGGUACCGCGGCCUGUGGCGCGGCACAGUACCCACUAUCGCUCGUAAUGUACCAGGUGUGGCCGCGUACUUCUAUACACUCAACGAACUACGCUGGCUCGUGGCCAAGUGGCAGGUGCCCGGGCUUUCCACGCCUGAUACAUCCACCCGCACACAACGCUCAUCCACACUCGCACGGCUGUCCAAUACCGGGAACAUCGUCACUGGUGCAUUGGCACGCGUUACAAUUGGCCUCCUGCUCAACCCUAUUUCCAUUGUGAAAGCCCGCUACGAGUCGAGUCACUAUUCUAAGGACGCAUACCCCACACUCUGGGCCUCCCUACGCAGUCUAUACCGCGACGGCGGCGCUCGAGGCUUUUUCCGCGGCUUUUCUGCGACUGCCCUGCGUGACGCACCCUAUGCAGGUCUUUAUCUUGCAUUCUACGAGCAGCAGAAGCACUGGCUGGGCUACUGGGCCAACGGCGAGUCGGGCGCUUGGUGGGUUGUUAGUGCCAGCGGCUUGGGUGCGGGCAUCCUGGCCACCGUGUUCACACACCCGUUUGACAUUGUCAAAACUCGCAUGCAGACCACGCCGCGCGCGCUGCUGCGUGAGUCAUCCGUGUCGUCCCCAUCCAGCGUGGUCGCAACGGCGAGGCACAUCCUUCAGUCCGAUGGUGCCCGUGCCUUCGCAGAUGGACUAGGAUUGCGGUGCGCAAGAAAAGCUGCUAGCAGUAUGAUUGGGUGGUCUAUAUUUGAACUGGGACAUCGUUGGGUGUCCUAG